GUUCAAUUGAGGAAGGAUUAAUCGAAAUUAGAUACAUGUACUGUAAAAUAAGACAUUAUGAAAGAUAGAAAUGCUUUAGGAAUUAUUUGUUUAAUAUUGAUUAUUAAAAUACCCGUCAAAGCCUAUGAAAUCCGAGAGGCCUACCAGUCCUCUACCAAUGGGUCGUACGUGGCUUCUCUCGGAUGUGAUGGUGACAUGGACACAUUCGCUUUGACAAAUUACGGGUACAAUGAAUCAUGGUCUGUUACACUGGAUAAAAUUUAUAAAAUCACCUGGAUUUUCAUCCGCAUUAGAGCCGGUUCAUAUGAGUCUGAAAUUGAACUGAGUCAACAGGGAACGACAUCUGAUAAAUGUUCAGAUAUCAAGUCAGAUAUAGCUGAAAUGUCAGAGGUAAUUGAGAAGAUAGUAACCUGCUCCUAUAGUGAUAAAUCCGUAUAUAAAUUAGGAAAUAAACUGACCGUCAGCAGUAUGGAACGUGGAGUCAUGCAAGUAUUCGAGAUCACCCCUUUAGGAUUUUUACAGUUUGAUCAAGAAUUAAUUCAGAAUGCCUCAGAUUUUCCUGCAACAGAAGCCCUUGACAAUAAUUUGGAUACUUAUUACCAUUCUGAAUCAAGAAGUAAUGCGUCGUGGUUUUUGAAAUUGAACGAAGUCACAGUUGUAAAAUGGAUUCUUAUUUCUAUUAGAGGAGGUCAUUACGAAUUACAUAUCAGUGUUGGAGACACCGCCAUGAGUUUCGUUACUAAAUGCAAAGCAUUUGAAUUACCUGGAAAAAUACAACAACAGCAGACAGCAAUAGAAUGUGACGCAGCACUGAGUGGAGAUACAAUUAUAGUGAAAAAGAUGGAUGAUGGGCCAUUGAGACUGUUCGAAGUGUAUCCUAUAAUUUGCCCGCCAAAUCACUUCGGACCAAACUGUGCAAGAUGUCGACAGAGUUGUCGGUCCUGUGAUUCUAUCACUGGGGUGUGUACCCAAUGUAAUGGUUCGUUCUACGGAGAGUAUUGUCAACACAGCUGUGCAAGAAACUGUCUGAAUACGACAUGCGACCAACGGACGGGGUCUUGUAAUGGUAGCAAAAAUGGAUUUCAAAGAGAUAGCUGUAACCACGAAAUUGCUUCGUCUGCAACUAUACCAGAUGAAAAAAGUACGUCUAUUCCUCUGGGUCCAGCGUGCAGUACAACAGUGAUUCCAAUGAACAAAUUUAUUAACUCAAAUCAAGAAAACACCGAUCACACCCUAAUUGGUUUGUCAUGUGUGUUAUCUAUCCUCACACUUUUAAUUGCUGUUGUAGCGAUACUUUUUGUUAAGAGAAGAGCCGGAAAUCUAAAGUUUAAACAAAGUGACACACUUGGCAUUUUAUCAAAUAAUGGUUUGUCAUUGGAACUCCGAAGAGAGAUCUCCACACACGACUCUGACCUUGAGGAGAUUCGGGAUGAUGACCCUAAUGAUAUGGAGGAGGAAGUGAUUACUGUUGAAUACAAUAACCUGACGUCACAGAGGGUGUCCAUAAAUAGGUUCAUAGAGGACUUACCAUAUAGGAAAAAUAGCGAUGCCUUGGAGAGAGAAUUCAAUGAUCUUCCAAGUGGAUUACUGGAAUCCUAUUCAAUUGCACUGAAAAGUUUCAAUCGGAACAAAAAUCGAUACAAGGGAAUAUACCCAUAUGAUUACAAUAUGGUGAGAUUGAGAACAGAUGAUGAUGAGGAUGAAACCGAUGGAUAUGUGAACGCCUCCUACAUACAUGGUUUUCGAAAAGAACGAGCAUAUAUAGCAUCACUCGGUCCUUUUAAUCCAAGGACGUUAGAAGAUUUCUGGAAGGUUAUUUGGCAGAAUGAUACCAGUAGAAUCGUCAUGCUGACCAACACGUUUGAAGGAGAUAGGAUGAAGUGUCUGAAGUACUGGCCGGACACCGAGCUAGAAAUUGGUCCUUUUAUCCUUACAUUGGACACUGAAGAUGUCCUUGACCAAUAUACACUGCGAUAUUUGAUAGUCCAACAUCAGGAGGAAUUCAAGAGAGUGACCCAAUUCCACUAUACCGCUUGGCCCGACAACUCCGUCCCUGAAGAUGUGACAUCACUGAUACUAUUCAGGAACCUGGUCAGGAACGGCAUGACGUCAUCAGACGGACCAAUAGUUGUUCAUUGCAGUGCUGGAAUAGGAAGAACUGGUACGUUUAUCGCCCUUGAUUAUCUCCUGGAAGAGGGCGCUGCUGAACAGAUGAUCGACGUCAAGGGAUACGUAACCUCUCUUAGGCAUCAAAGAGGAAAGUCCAUUCAAACAUACGAACAGUACAUCUUCCUCCACGAUGCUGUGGUUGAGGGAUUCACAAACAACACUGUCACUGACACUGUCAGGCAGAGCUGUCUCUCUGUGUUAUAAUGGACUUACAUGUAAACAAACAAACAGCAGCAUCCCAAAGCUGUCUCUGUAUUAUAAUACUAGUAGACUGGUCUACUCAGAAACAACUCUGUCCCAUAAUUAUUGAUACCUUUCGAUGUUAAGUGGAAAUAUUUAAAAUUGAUUUGAAUAUUAAUAAUAAAAUUGGAGUUAAAUUUAUUUUGAAAAAGAAACUCGUCAUAUUUUAACCACGGAGUAAAGAUUUACAUGUAGAUAUGCCAUGUUUCUUUGACUUGGAUUGACCAGUCGGCUGACCACGCGAUGGUUUCCACACACCUAUGUCUAUGAAGAUUGUGUCAAUACCACGUUAAUAUCAUUUAGAGUUUGUAUGGCGCUCAGUUUAAAAUUUAUGAUACCUACAUUAAGUGGUCAAGGUCAAUCGAAACUGUCAAUUUAUCAUACGGGUAUAAGUUUAUAAUAUAUUGUUUGUUUAUUACGUAUUGAAUUUUUUCCAUUUUAUUUAAACUUGCUAUCAACGUUCUGAUUUAGAACGUGAUAAAGUACGAAAAUAACCAAAAGAUUAUUUUUUAUGUAUAUUUGUAUUUGGAUUAUUAACAUGUAGUUGUAUAUAGUUUAUUGAAUGUGCGUUAAAUAAAGUACAAGAGAUUUAUGUGUACGCGUGAUGUGUUACCUUUCAAUAAUUGUCUGUAUAGAAAAUCAUUGAU